CGACAAUCUACUUUUCUUAAAAUUUAAGCACAACCAGGGUGAUUCUCUGUCGUUCUUUCCCUUUUUUCUCCUUCAACAAUCCGUGAUGGCCGAAUACAAGACUCGCCAGGUUGGUGCUCUCAACACCCUUGACUACCGUGUUUACUUUGAAAAGAACGGUGUCCCCGUCUCUCCUUUCCAUGACAUUCCCCUCUGUGCUAAUGAGGAAAAGACCAUCUUCAACAUGAUUGUCGAAAUUCCUCGCUGGACCAACGCCAAGCUCGAGAUUAGCAAGGAAGAUGCUUUCAACCCUAUCAAGCAGGAUACCAAGAAGGGCAAAUUGAGAUUUGUUCGCAACUGCUUCCCUCAUAAGGGUUACAUCUGGAACUAUGGUGCUCUUCCCCAAACCUGGGAAGAUCCCAACCAGAAGCACCCCGAAACCAAGGCCCGUGGUGACAACGAUCCCAUUGAUGUCAUUGAAAUCGGUGAACAGGUUGCCACUGUCGGUCAGAUCAAGCAGGUCAAGGUUCUCGGUGUCAUGGCUCUUUUGGAUGAAGAGGAAACUGACUGGAAGGUCAUUGCCAUCGAUGUCAACGAUCCCUUGGCUCCCAAGUUGAACGAUAUUGAGGAUGUUGAAAAGCACCUCCCUGGUCUUAUCCGUGCCACCAACGAAUGGUUCCGCAUCUACAAGAUCCCCGAUGGCAAGCCCGAAAACGUGUUUGCUUUCAGCGGUGAAGCCAAGAACAAGAAAUACGCCACCGAUGUGAUCUGGGAAACUCACGAAGCCUGGAAGGGUCUCAUCAACGGCUCUUCGGACAAGAAGGACAUCAGCGCUGCCAACGUCUCCGUUGAAGAAUCUCCUUACAAGGUUGCCCACGAUGAUGCCGCUUGCACUUCCAUUCCCGCCGAAAACGUUCAAGCUGCUGCUCCCAUUGAUGCUUCCAUUGACAAGUGGUUCUUCAUCAGUGCCCACAGCCUGUAAGAAGGAAUUGUAAAGAAAAAAUCUGGAAUUUUGGGUAUUACUUUUGAAUAAAAACUAUCUGUCUGUUUUUCGUUUA